AUGCGCGUGGUGGACGAGUCGGCGCGCCUCGCUGGGCUCUGGCGUGUGUCCGUCGGUCUGCAGGACGGCGCGCAGGCCUAUGCCUACACGAUGUGGCUGACCGUGCACUUUGCGGUGGAGAGCCGAUCGGGCGCGGUGAACGGCGUGCUCUUAGAGGGUCCCGGCUUAGAUGGCGUGAGUACCAGCGAAGGGCCCAAGGUGAGCUCUGCUACAGUGGAAGGCUCUUUGAGUAGCCGAUCCUUGCGACUCCAGGUGGACGGAUGGAAAGGCCGAUCGAUGCUGGAAGGACAGCUGGAUCGAAAGGGCUCGGCGGUGGCCACCAUCACCGGCUUCUGGUGGUCCUUGGAUGCUAACGAGAUCAGUGGCACCUGGAGCGCCACGCGCCUGGACGGUGCCGUGCUCGAGAAGCUCAUCGAGCCGAAGGUGACGGGAGAGGAGCCCUUGGUGACCAAGUGUACCGGCGGAUGCCGCUUGACCGCCUCGGGUCUCAAGAACAAGGGGAAGCCCAUGUGCUCCAGCAAGCAUAUCUUGCAGAGCAAGAAGAGCACGGAUGAUGACGAUGAGCUGGAGUGUCCAGGCGAACGCUGCGGACGUGAGGUGAAUGGUGCCCACUGGUGGUGCAAUCGCUGCGACGUCGCUGUGUGCUCUCGCUGCGAGAAGCAGACGGUGGCGAAGGCAGAGGACGAGGACGAGCGCCGUCAAUUCGAAGUCGCUGCGCUGGACCGCUUCAAGCUGUCGGGGAAGGUGGACAGGGUCUACUUCGAGGUCAGCUGUGAGAAGGUGGGCGACGGCGCCUUGAUCGGCCUCGCCUUGCAGAACGCCGAUGACGACUACUCCCCAGGGGAGGACAUGGGCACAUUUGCCUUGAUGAACAAUGGGGUGUGCCGCCACAAUGGCAAGGACGAUGGCAAGAGCGCCGCCUGGAAGGAUGGCGUGACGAUUUCGGUGGCCGUCGACUGCGAGCAGGGCACCGUGCAGGUGGCCACCGUGGACAAGCCGCAGUUUGAGCAAGUUCUUCAACUCGCAGAGGAAGAAAUGCCCAAAGAGGUUGGACUUCCAUUGAUCGCACUUCUGUCCCCAGGGGACAAGGGGAACAUGAUGGUGAACGUUGGACAACAACCCUUUAAGCUUCAACCUCCAGCCAAGGCCUUCCGGCCCUUGGCGGAGCUCAUGGAGCUCCGGAAACAGUGGCGCGUCACGCUGCCGGACAACGUGGAGACCUGGCCAGUCUAUGUGAAGCCCUCGCGCCAAGCGGAAGGUGCCGAGUCGCUCCAAGCGCAGUGGGGUUUCGAAGAGCUGGGCACACAAGAUGAGCCGAGUGGUGUGAAGUGGAUCCGCCACAGCGGUGGAUGGUCUCCAGUCUCCCUGGAAGCGCUUGGGCGUCUCUGCACAGGCUUGACGCCCUUGCCCUCCACCAUCGAUGCCCUCGAGAAGCGGGGUGACGCCAACGGCUUUCUGACGAAUCUCCAGUGGGGGGUGCUCCAACAGAGACGGGGCUUCAAGUUCUUCCGCUUCGUGGUCAGCAAAGCCCGCGGGGGCGACACGGUGAACGGCGUCAGCUUGGGGCAGCUGCUCCUGCGCCGCGAGGGCGUCGAGAUCGACCUGGCCGAAGCGACGGCCGAGAAUCCCGAUGGACAGUUCAGCGACACGGAGGGUCCGCAGAACGCCAUCGAUGGGCGGACGAGCACUCGUUGGCAUAGCACCGUGUUGAGUCCAUUGGUGAUCAAAAUGCCAAAGCCUGUUUUGAUCGACAGCUUCAGCUUCCGCACCGCCCUGAGCGAUGAGCAAUUGGAUCCCGUCGAGUGGCGCUUGGAAGCCUCGAACGAUCAGAGCACCUGGAAGGUGCUCCACAGCCAGGAGACCAGUUACCACCCGCCGCGCAGACGCAAUGGCCAAGCCAGUUGGUUCGACACCUCCACGCGCGGCAGUGGCAGCUCCGGAAAGAACAAACUCGUGCCGUGGACCUCCGGGGUGAAGAUCGUGGCGGGACAUUGGCACGCCUUGACCUUGGCGGUGGAUUUGCCCAGUUCCAAGAUGACCAUUUGGGUGGACGGCGAAGUGGCUUUGGAGAUCUGUGAUCCUUCCAGCCCCUUGCUGCGCUGCGACGGACCCUUGAGCUUGGAUCCACAGGAAGGGCUGUGCCUCUUUGGACGGAAGCCCUUCUUGAAGAAAGAAUGGAGCUGGAUGUUGGGCGCACAGAUUAAAGGCCUUCAACUUCAGACUCUGGCGCCGGACUUGUUCAACACCUGGGCUUUACAGAUGCCCUUGGGCGUGUGGAUUUGUCGUGCUCAGGGCACUUGCAAGACCAAUGGGCUUUUCACCAGGAAUUCGGCCUCCUUGUCCAGCUGUUGGCGCUGCAAGUCGCAGCGCGUGCGCAGCGCGUUCCGGCCUCCGGGAGAUACAGACCCUCGACAUCCAGGCAUCAAGAUUUUCACCACAGACUCCUUCGAGGAGAUCCUGGAGAAGGACAAGAAGGUCUUCCUUUGUGUCUCUGCAGACUGGUGUGGCGCAUGCCAACAGAUGAAGCCGCAGUGGUUCGCGCUGGCCAAGCUGCUGCAAUCCUCCUCCGCGGUGACCAUCGGCGUGAUGAACAUCGACGAGAACGACGUGGACCGGCGCUACUUCCCGGAGCACCACAUCCCGGUCGUCAAGCUGCUCAUUAAGACUCCAGUGACAGAAGACUCCCUGGAGACCAAUGACAAGCCAACGGUGAUCUCCUAUGAAGGAGGGCAUCACAUCGCUGGCUGGUUGGAGUUCUUGGGGCAUCAUACGGAUCUCAACUUGCAAGAUGUCUUGGAUUCCAACUACGAUGCCUAUGUCAAAGAGUUCAAUAUCCAGCAGAUGACCACGGACCUCACGGUGGCGGCCCGCUGGGCUCUGAAGGAGUACUGGGGCCAGGACCCGCAGCGGUUUGGACCGGUUCGGAGCCGCCUGGCUGGUUUGCGUGUGAAGCGUAGAUCGAAGGGUGUUUCGGAGGCGGCGGGAGUCUUGGGUGCGACCAGAGACAGCGCCUUAGCAGGCAGUGGCGCGGGUGGCUGGCGUCGUCUUUGCGCCUUCCUGUGCAACUAUUGUCUCUUGGCCAUGUUGGGAUCCAGCCACUUGGGCUUCCGACGGAGUGGGGAAACAGGUGAACUCAUGGUGAACUCCGCUCUCCGGUCGUCGCUCAUCGGAGUGUACGUCGCAUCGAAGGCCUCCCGGCCACCUGAGCCAGAGCCACGGCCGGAAGAGGCAAAGGAGGUCGCCUUGCAGAAGAAGGUGUCCGUCGAGGCGAAGGAACCAGGCGAAGAUGAGCUUUGGAUUCGAUUGUUGUUGAAGCGCUUGAACGAAGAGGUGGAGAAGGCACUACGUGGUGGCCACCCACGAAAGCCCUUGGACUUCUUGCUGAAGGAGGUCUUCUUGCCUGGAGCCAAGCCGGACGAUCUACAGGACGAGUUUACCGAGCCACGCCGAGUUCGCACCGCCGAGUUGAGAGGUGGUCCAUGGUCCAUCGACCUGAAUUUGCACUUCCCCACGAUCUUCCCAAAUCACCUAGAUUUCAAGGUCGAUCGCCCACGAUCGCCGCUCGACUCGCAGAUGAUCCGUGCCGGGCUUCAUGCCGAAGAGCGGCAGAUGGCAGUGGCACGUGGCGAUUCGGGGGAAGAGAAGAAGAAUGCCCAGCAGCAGUGGUCAGCGGUGGAGCAGCAGAAGGCUGCUGGGGCGUCCGCACGAGCAGAGCCCAUGGCCUUGCCCAUGCUGCAGCGGAGCUGGGCCAAGAUUAAGCAGGCGAUCGACACUCGAGCGCCCAAGCGGAUGCAGACCAUUCAGGAGAGCCGGGGCACGACAGAGCUUUUGGUCCGUGGUUUGGAUCUGGACUUCAAUGCCCUAGGCCGCGAGCAAGCCUCAGUGCUGUGGCUUGCAGCAGCCAACAAUGACCUGGAGGUCCUGCAGUUCUGCUUGGCCUAUGGCGCCGACCCUCACCGCGCCACGGACGGCGUGUUGCCCACAGAGGCGGCCGCCGCCACGGGGGCGCUGCAGGCGCUGGCCAUGCUGCUGCGCAUCGGCGCGGUGCCAGGUGCGGGCCACGGCGACAGCGGUGAAAAGGAUUCCACAGAUGGAGGUCGUGCCUUGCACUUUGCAGCGGCCACCGCGCAGGUGGGCGCCUUGCGGGUCUUGAUCAACUCCAAAGCGGAUUUGCAGGUGCGAGUGAAUGGCCUCUCGCCUCUGGGCGUCGCCGUCAGCAGGGACAACGAUGAGAUUAUCAAGCUGCUUUUGCAGCAGCAACUCAGUUGGCUGAAGAAGCAACAGUCCGACAUGGAGACGGAUGGGCCUGAGUUGGCCUCGGAGCCUUUGGGCUCGGUGGCCUGCGAGCAGUUGGGCUUGGCAGCCAACGCCAAUCUGCUAUACCUGGCCGCCCAGUGUGGCCUUGACCGAACCGUGGAUUUGCUCAUCCAGAAAGGCCUCCGUGCCAAUUUGGCGGCGCCCCGCUGUGUGGGGAGUCCCACCAUCCAGGAGAACGUCCGUGCUGUCCUGGAGCCCCAUCGUUGGACCGUCUUGCGCCGGGUCGGCGAAGGGAGCCUCGACCGGCGUUCGGUGGGGCCGAAGCAGGGACGGUGGGGGGAUUCUGCCAUUGGAAGUCGAGACUUCAGGAUCGGUCACUUCGAGAAUAUGCUGAACCCAGAAGACCAGGAGAAGCUUGCGGCGAUUUGCUCCGGCGUCAGCGCGGUUCGACCCACAGUGCUCGCCUCCUUGCUGGACGAUGCGGAGGCAAUUCGGCUUUUGGCAAGUGUGGAGACGAGUUCCGACCUGGUCCCCGCAGCGUCGCCUUCGGCCCUCAUGUGGGCACAAUGGGCGGGUGCAAGCCAAGCCGCCCGGGUCAUGCUGGACGCAGGCGUCACCUUGAGCAACACCGACUUGGAGGGUCUGCGGCGUUUGGGCCGAGCCCGGCGGCAGUCCCAAGAUGGCAAGGAGGACCUGCCCUCAGCGGCCGGACGGCUCUUGGAACCAGGCAACUGGGCUGCCUUGCCGAAGGCUGUGCAGCAGUUGGCGCAAUCCACGCCCAUAUCUCGUCUCCAAGACCUCCGUGAGAAGAUGCUCCUAGGAAUCAAUGAUGUCUCUGAAGUGGAGGAGGACAAGGUGCCCGUCUUGGCUCAACUGCCGUCACAGCCGCCCUUGCUCUCUCGGGUGACCUCCACACAAGUGGAACAGGAGGAGGCGGCGGCCAAGGAAGAGGUGGCCGCCACCGCCUUGCUGGAGCUCUUGGGACCGGAGAGGACCACCUUGAUGCGCUUCCUGGUGCAGCGCGAGAUCGCCCGAGGCGAAGGGAAGAGCGGCUUGUCUCCGAAUUAUUUGCUGGCCCUCUACGCCUCCUCGAUCUAUGUGGAUAUCCAUGCUCAAUGCCACCGCUUCAUGCUGUUGCUGAAAGCAGCGCUGAACACCUUACCCAGCGCCCGUGGCCCUUGCUACCGUGCCAUUUUGGGAAGCGAGGAAGCACCUGUCAGUUCCUUGAAGCACUAUUCCCCCGGUGCCGUGAUCCGUUGGCCCGCCGGCGCCUGCGGCACCUUGGACUUCAGCGCGGCCAUGAGCGCCCUCAGCUGCGGCGCGGAGCGCUCCCGUGGGGUGAUCUUCAAGGUGCGACGCUUGUUGACGGCCAAAGAGGUGGAUGAGACGAACAAACAGGUGCUCUUCAUGGGUGGUGCCAUGCGCGUGGUGGGCCUCUUCCCACUGAAUGGCCCCCUGAUGGCCGCUGAGCGUGAGUUGGCUGCGCAGAGCAAGGCUCUCACACAGCGCUUGGGGCAGUUCUGUCCCAGUUUAGACAUGGUCCGUCGUCCGGAGACGGCGCAGCCGUGGGACGUGCGAGAGCAGCCUCUGGUGAUGGUCCUUCUGGACGAAGAAGAAGAAUCUUAA